AUGUCGAUGCGAACGUCAGCGACAGUAGAUGAAACAGGAGACGUCACGACAUCGAAGAAUAAAAUCACAACCGCUACGACCACGAGGAGGAGAUUGCUCUCCUCCUCCUCCUCCUUCUUCUCCUCCUCGAGAGGAAAAAGGAACAAAAAAACAGACGAGAGCUUUCGUUUGCACGCGCUCAGGAAAAAACAACAAGGAGGAGGCGACAAAGAACAGGACGAAACGACCAUCGAGUUCAUCAAAUCACUCGUUUCUGGUUCGUUUUACGAAGAAGACGAAGAGAUUGGCGAGGAUGAAUUCUCUGCCGCGGGAGGAAGCUCGUCGGAAGCGCUGGUUCGUCGAAGAAAGCCGGCGAAAGGCGUGCAAUUUUUCAAACCAGGACUGCGGAAACUCACGGCGCGCCAACGCAUGGCGCUUGCUUUUUCUGAUCUGGACUCUUCCGGUUGGUGGGCUGUCAUCUCGUCAGGAAUUGUAUUCGGAACAUUUAUUCUUGAAUCGUACAACAUUGGCACCUUUGGUGGCUGGGACGUCUUGUAUCGAGACGAUAUUCCGUGGUACUCUGGGCUAGUUUCCAUGGACAACAUCCGCGACAUCGAAGACGCCUACAACGCGUUAUUUUUCUUUGAGCUUUUGCUUCGAGCGUGGGUCGCCGAAUUCAAGUUUUCGUUUUGGACGAAUCCUUUUACUGUUUUAGAUACAGCGGCUACGAUUCCUCCGGUAUUGGCAGUUUUCGGUUUAGUCGACAGAAUGUCGCCAAUCCCUCGAUUUCUUCGGCUACUCCGGAUCGUCCGUCUUCUUCGCUUUCUCGAGCGCUCUCCAGACUCGGUGUUGUUUGGUUUGUUCAAGUCCGAUUCGAUGACAGUUCAGCUCACCGGCGUCGCCGCCGAGUUCAUCUGCAUCUUCGUCAUCGCCGCCGGCGUAAUAUAUGAUCUCGAGUUCGGCAUCAACCCGGCUGUGAAGAAUCUCAACGAUACUUUGUAUUGGGCGGUGCUUACGCUCACGGGUAUUGGUCAGCCAUUUGAAGUUGUCACCCCGGGCGGGAGAGUUGCGACUGUUGUUUCCAUUUUUGUCGCCCUUUUAGUUAUACCAGGUCAAUUAGCAAAGUUAGCGACUAUUUCAGGAGGCGAGAUGCUUUUGGGGAUGAUGGAAGACGAAGACGAAGAGGACGAAGACCAAGAACUCAUCUCAAACACAGGUGAAGUUUUCAUUUUGAAAUCUACGGAUGAAGAUCCCAUCACGAGCGGCGCGAAAACGUUCGACGACCGCGUGUGCGAUUCGUGUGGAUUAGAAAUGCACGAGAGUGACGCUCGAUAUUGUCGCAGAUGCUCGUUUAAGCUAGCCGAAUCCGACGUCACCGGCUUGAGGUUCGCUCGAAAGAUUGCAAAGAAAAAGAAGGCGAUCGAAGAGAAACAAGUGCGAGGAAACGUCAACGUCGGCCGUUUAGGAGUGGACAUGAUGUCUUCCAUCUCCACGUCUACAAAGGCGCUCUCGAAUAAGAAAAAUCGCAAUAGUUAG